AUAGUAGAUGUGUGAAUAUUCAAGAGCCAUAGUUUGUGUGGAUGAGGUUGAAUAUCGUCCACUUUUAGUUGUUUCAGUUAUCUCUCUAAUGAAGAUGAAACAAGGAAAGACUCUUGUUCACUGUAAAAUCUAACAAACCGAUAACAACUAAGUAUCAGAUAAGGCACGCAACACAAUCCAUUCUUCAUUCUUCAUUCUUCAUUCUUCAAUCUUCACUUCACUCCCAAGAUGCACUCUCUCUCACCAUCCAUCAAUCUCAAAUUUCUCAACGGUAAGAUCCUUAACUCACCCUCCUCCACCAACAAUCACCACCACCUUAAACCAAUCUCAGCCGUCGCCAACAACUCCUCAUCCUACCGCAAACAACAACAGCAGCUACAACAACAACCACAACAGCAACUAUAUCAACCCUUCCGACCACCACCAACUCCUCUCCCAUCAAGAUUCCACAACCUCGACAUCCCAGGUCAAAUCGACAUCCUCGCUAACCGUCUCGGCAUAUGGCACGAAUACGCACCUCUCAUAACCUCCCUCAUGCGCGAAGGCUUUUCACCUCCUACAAUUGAAGAAAUCACCGGCAUUAGCGGCGUUGAACAGAAUCGCAUCAUAGUCGCAACUCAAGUCCGCGACACUCUCGUUCAGUCCAGCCUCGACGAAGAGAUUCUCUCUUACUUCGAUAACGGUGGCGCUGAAAUUUUAUAUGAAAUUCGUCUCCUCAGCAGUCCGCAACGCGCCUCCGCCGCGUGUUUUCUUGUGGACAAGAGAUAUGAUGGGAAAGGCUCUAUGGAUCUCGCGCGUGCUAUAAAAGAUUUUCCGAGUAGACGUGGGGAGAAGAAUUGGGAGAGUUUUGAUUAUACUCUUCCCGGAGAUUGUCUCGGUUAUAUGUAUUAUAGACUGAGUAAGGAACAUAGAAACCCUUCCGAUGAGAGAGUUUCAGCGCUUGAACAAGCACUCAGUGUUGUGGAAAGUGAGAGGGCUAGGAAGAUUGUUUUUGAGGAACUGAAUGGAAAAGGUGAAGGUGAAGAAGGAGAGAUUGAAGCUAUUGUAUUGAAGAUUCCUGUUCCGGUGGUGAGGUUGCAGAUUGGUGAAGUGGCGGAGGCGAAUUCAGUGGUUGUUUUGCCUGUGUGUAAAGCUGAGGAAGGAGUUGAAGUGAUUUUGGCAGCACCUUCUGAGAUUAGAAAUGAAGGUUUGUUUGGUAUUGCGGUGGCGGAGAAAGGGUGGGAAAAAUGGGUGGUGUUACCGGGUUGGGGGCCGUUGGUUGAUUUGGGGAAAGGCGGUGUUGUUGUGUCGUUUUUGGAUGCUAGAGUUUUGCCAUGGAAGGCGAAUAGAUGGUAUAAGGAAGAACCUAUAUUGGUGGUUGCUGAUAGAAAAAAGAGGGAAGUGGAGAAUGAUGAAGGGUUUUAUUUGGUUAAAGAUGAAGGUAGUGAUGUUGGUUUAAAGGUUCAAAGGGGUUUGGUUUUGAACGAAUUGGGUGUUACUGAGUGUUUAGGGAAUGUUGUUUUGGUUGUUAGGCCACCUAAUGAGGAUAACAAUGAUCAGUUGAGUGAGGAAGAUUGGGACUGAAACCAAGAGGUAAAAGGAUUAUAGGAAUUUUAGUCAACUGAGUUUCAACCGUUUUCCACUCUUUUCCCUGUGUUUUUUGGUCAUGCGGAACAUGGAUUUAUUAAUUUGGGUUUAGUUCAAUUUUGAAUUUUCAUUUGCUGUGCCUAUUUAAGAGAAGAAUUUGAUAAUUUUGGUUUUCUUUAUAGCUUGUACUAUCAUCUUUACUUGGUUAAAGGUGAAUAAUAUAGCCGAUUGUUGCAUUAAACAUCUAUAUAUUAAGUUUAAUCAUCUUUGUUUCA